GCAGCUCGCCCGCCUCGUGGACAUCUCCUAUUGCGUCGGCAGCUCAGGGAUCCAGAAACCCUUCAAAUGCCUAAGCCACUGCGCGGACUUUGAGGAUCUGGAACUGAUAGCCGUAGGUCUAGCUAAUACUUCAGCAUGCGAUUACCGAAACUAAGAAACGAUUCUUACUGUUCUUUCUGGGCUCAUCUAGACAUGGAACACGGGCAUAUUCCUCUCCGACUCAUGCGGCUACAUCGCGCUCUCGCACCCGCCCUCCCCGAAGCGUAUCCUCGUCGCUUUCCGCGGCACGUACUCCAUCGCCGACACGAUCGUCGACCUCUCCGCCUACCCGCAAGCCUACGCGCCCUACGAUCCCAAGGACGAACACCACGCCCAUAACGAGCGACGGUCCCCGCGAUGUCUCAACUGCACCGUCCACGCGGGGUUCAUGACCUCGUGGCAGAAUACGCGCGACACCAUCCUACACCACGUCGCCGCGGCAAGGGAGCAGCACCCGGAUUACGCGCUGGUCCUGAUCGGUCACUCCCUAGGCGGCGCAGUCGCCGCGCUAGCUGGGGUCGAGAUGGAGCUGCGCGGGUGGGACCCCCAGGUGACGACGUUCGGGGAACCGAAGGUCGGGAACGAAGGAUUGGCCAAGUACAUGGGUGAACUGUUCGGGCUGGGUGGGGAUGACGGUGCGGGGGCGACACCACGUCCGUCGCUCCACGAAGAAGACCCUCAGGAUCGACGGUGGAGAUAUCGCCGGGUCACUCAUGUGGACGACCCCGUGCCGCUGCUGCCUCUGGCAGAAUGGGGGUACGAGAUGCAUGCGGGCGAAAUGUUUAUUUCCAAGACAGGUCUUCCCCCGUCUGUUUCGGACGUCGAGUACUGCGAAGGCGCCCACGACCCGCGGUGUAUUUCAGGCGUCGGAGAGGAUAGCUUGACUACGGCUUUGCACGCGGCAGCAGUGACCCUCCAGGACGGGGAAGCUCGUCCCUCCGAGCAGGUAGUUCUCUCGAAUAGACACGCCUCGCGGCCUGUGGCGUCCCCUGACGAGAGGCACGAGCAGCGUUCACAGUUCCAGCUGCCUUGGGACCUUACUCUCCCCAGAUACCGACUAUGGGGGCCGUUUUUCGCCCAUCGGGAUUACUUCUGGAGGCUGGGAGUAUGUGUACCGGGUGGGGAUCCGACUGGGGGGUGGAAGUGACUUAUUCGUUGAAGUAACGUGUUCAUUUGUAGUGAUAUGCGUAUUGAUCCAUCAACUUUCGUUUAGAAAAGAGAUAAGCAAGUAAACCGAGGACAACUCCAUAUCAAAGGUAUCUAUGAUAUUGGUCAAAAAAGAGACGAGCGAGUCACCAAUAAAGAAAAAUAGACCUUCGAAGGUUCUAUAAUUGAAC